AUGCCUGGAAUAAACAAAAUUAAAAAUGGCCAUCUUGAAAAAAGAAAGGAGUGGAUUCGCCGAACUCGAGAUUAUAGAGAAAAAGCAGAUGCAAUUAAAAAUUUAAAAUUAAAAGCUAGAGAGAGGAAUUCUGAUGAAUUUAAUUUUCAUAUGUUGAAAAGUCAAGUUGGGCUUGAUGGAGUACAUAGAGAUAUGGAAUCUGAAGAUGAAGAACAGACUGAAGUUCAGCGACUUUUAAGUGAUAUUACUGACAUUAAUUAUGUCAAAUUUCAUUUACAAAAGGAGAAAAAGAAAAUCGAAAAACUAAAAUCUGUUCUUCAUUUUUGUGCUGAAAAGGAAAUUGGCGAAGAUAUUGAAGGGUCUACAUCAAAAAAUGUUCCUCCAAUCAAUAAGCACAUAAUUUUUGUUAAAAAUAAAAAACAAGCAAAAACAUUUGAUUUGGCUAAACAUUUUAACACAACUGAACAAUUUAUUUCUCGAACAUUUAAUCGUCCAAGAAUUAAUCCAAGCAAUUCUGUUGAAAGAAAACUGGAUGAUAUUGACAAAUUAGAGGAAACAGAAAAAGAACGUCGUUCUCUCUAUUCAGAACUCGGAAAACGAAUUGAACGUGCAAGAGAAUUAAAUGUUGUUUUGGCAAAAUUGGAACUUAAACGUGAUUUACAACUUUCGAAAGGGUCUGAGUUAAAGCCUAAACAAGUUAAGAAGGGAAAUGCAGAAAGUGCAGCUGUUUAUAAAUGGACAUAUGAACGAAAGAAAUGAGAAUGUUUUUUUUGUUUUUAAUGUUAAAUAUUUUAAAGAACUUUUUAGUAAAAGAAUUUGCAGGACUUUGAUUCAACUCACUCAUUUCCUCCUUCCAAAAAUAGACCUAUUUCUCCAAAGUUCCGUAAGUUCGUCUGGAUUUUCC